CGGUCAAACUUCACCUGGAAGCUGGCUCGGGUUAUCAGACGCGGGCUAAGUCCACAUCUGUGUUUCAUCUUGCAUCAAUGUAGAAAGUGGCGGAUUUAAAUACUUGUUCUACUGAAACAACUCAAAAAAGGCUUCUCUUUUGCGGCAUUCAACAUCGUUUGCAAUCAGCACCACAAGUUGGACACUCAAAGACGAGCAUCGCAAUCAUCAAAACAACUCCUAAACUGUAUUGAAUCAUGCUUUUUCGUGCAAGUCCUCUCGUCUAUUUCCUUGGCGCUGGUGUCAUUGGCAUGCUCUCCGUAAUACUAGUUAACGGAGAAUUUGCAUGCCCUGGCAACUGGAGCAUGUUCGCAGACUCCUGCUUAACCGUCACUCGCGCCGGCUACAUCGGCGACGGAGCCACCGCCGGGUGUGCUGCUAUUGGCGGCAACCUGGCAGUCCCUCGUAACCCGGAGGAAAACGAGUUCGCGAGACUCUUGCCAGUGCCCGGUCAACCAGUAUGGAUUGGUUGUCGGAGAAUAGCUGUCGAAGUAUAUCCAUGCACAGACGGCGAUAUUGCAGUACAGUACGGUAACUGGGAUCCGUACAUGUUCGGUGAAAGUUAUUGCGUGUACAUGCUGAACGGGACAUGGGCGGAUGCUGAUUGCGAGGAUGAACCUCUUAGGCCGGCACUUUGCAGACGCGCUCCCCUGCCCAAGACUCCGGACACCGGUAACUGCGGCAAGACGCUUCAGCGUUGGAGCCUUCUGGCAGCUCGACUGACCGGCCACGUCCUGAGAGAGAUCCGAGCACCGAGCCUCAAGCCGUGCGUUCUCGCCUGCGAGGCCGAGCCCCAAUGCCGCUCCGUCAACUUCAUCUCGGACAGGAUGACCGCCGUCGCAGGAGCCAUCUGCCAACUCAACAACGCGACUCGCUUCGACGCUGACGCUGAUGCAUUGGCUUUCGCACCGGCACUCGGUAAUCCUUUAUGCGUGUAUGGUGAGAAAUGAAUGUUCCAAGAGACCCAGCAAACUAUCUAUGAUGCUCUUUGGAGUUGAACCCGCUUGCUGUGCAACAUUCUAAGUUACAUAAUCAUUACAAGACUGCUUCAUAAGAAUCUACUUUUGAAGAUAUUUUAUCCAUCUCCUAAAUAUUGCUUGUAGGCCUGUACAAGGCAGAAAAUAUGCCUACUUCUUAUUAUCUUGAACUCGUUAUGACAUCCACACAGAUGCACUUGCCAACAAAAUUCAUUCGCACAUGAGCCUCA